AAAGCUGCUGUCUUGUCAGGACGCUGGGACUCUGUAGCGAUUAUGCUGGGAAUCAGCUACAAAAAGUUAUAUGAGAUUGAAUCAGAGACAAAGACGGCCAGAGGUUGUCUACAGAAAGUAUUUGAUUGUUGGUUAAGUAGGAACUAUGACUAUAAGAGUCAUGGUGUCCCUACAUUAAGAAUGCUGUGUAACUCCAUUAAAAGUAAUAGUGGAGGAGCUGAUCCAGCUCUAGCUGAUGAAAUAGCAAAAGAAUAUACCAUUAAUGUUACUAGUAGUGGAGAGGCUACUACAUCACUAGCUCAUAUUUCAUCUUCUAAAGAAGCUACUCCAACUGUUGAGCUACCAGUUCCUACUUCACCUCAAGCUGAGUCUUCAGUUGUUUACGUUAAGAAGAAAUCAAUUGAAUAUGUACCAGAAAACCUGAAACGAAUGAUUGGAGAUCUACAAGAAGUUUACCUUGAUAAUAUGCGUUUUACUAAGGAAUCAUUUCGUUCUAUUGAUGUCUCAGAAGUUGUCGAUUUCAUUCAAGAUUAUAUUGCACUUUUACUCAGUCCAAGUUUUCGUAAAAGCCAAAUCAUUGAUUCAAUUGAAAAAGAGUUUGACCAUGUUAAAACGAUGAAUCAGCUUUUUAAAGCAUUACGAAAGUAUGUCUCAUGGUUCAAUUUCGAACUUGUCGUCAAGUUAGUCAAUACUUUCAUUACUGAUGAGAGAGAUUUACAGAUGAAGUGGUCUACAUAUCGAGAGAAAUUAAAAGAUUAUUUUAAAAAUAACAAUACUCAAGCAGUUCAAAUUGCAGACUCAAUUGAGUUUGGUCUUUCUGAUGUUCCAGGCACUAAAGUAAUGAUUGCUAAGGUUGCCAGAGACGACUACACAUUAAAUGAUUUAUAUUUCUUUCACAAGCUAAUCGCUGAUGCACUUGAAGUUCCUCAAUAUAAAUUCUACUUUUGUACAAUUGAUGAUGGCUGCAUGGAAUUAAAAUAUUCCAUUCCUGAUUUUCUUUAUUCUGUUCUCUUUCCAUUAACCAAUCAACAGUGUCAUUCAUUGGCUGAGAUUGGAAUCAUAAAAAUUACUUGUCAUGAAUAUGUACAAGAAAUGAAGCAGUUACCAGAAAAUGAAUUAAAGAAGUUUCAUGAUUCUCCUAUUGGAUUAAAAGAUGAAGUACAACGAUUGAUUGACAAGACUGGCCUUCAGGAAAGAGAUAAAAAUGGAUGGAGUCCACCAUUAGCUGCUUCAUAUGGUGGCCACAUUGAUGUCCUCUGUCUCCUCAUUGAUGUUUAUCAUUGCGAUCCUUCACAAGGUGAUGAUGAUGGUGUUAUUAGUUUACACAUGGCCUCAUAUAAAGGCCAUCUCAAUAUUGCACAGUAUCUAGUUAAUGAAUGUCACGUUGAUCCAGACAUAGCAGAUAGCUCUG